CUUCUAGUCUCUUGACUCUCUUCUAUCUCUCAUCUUUGCCUCUCUUUAAAUUUUAUUCACAAACCACAAUCUAAGUUAAUCAAACAAGCAUUAGAGAAUGUGAGAGGGAUACACUAUUCUCAUCCAAAAAAAUUUCUAGGUUUGGGCGGUGCUGCGGUGGACUGGUGGUGGUCGGUGGCGUCAGCCGUGGUGUGCUAGUCAGCCUUUGCUUUGCCCAACUCCUCAGUUUGAGGUCUUCUGCAUUCUGCCUUAAGUUAGGUUUUAUUUUCUUUAAUUUUUUUUUUGAGUGGCUUAGAAAUCCCCUUCUUUUUGCCUUUUAUAUGUGUCUUGUUGUUGGGUUUAGGGUGUCUUCCUUUUUUUUUUUCCUUGCUUGUGUGUGUUUUGGGGUGUUGUUUGGGCUUAAUUUUUGUUGUUGGGCUAAUAUUUUUUUAUAGCUUUUAAAAAUAUCAAUAAUAUUGUUGAGGGGGCAAAGUGCAAUUUUAUUGAAACAAAUUGCUAAAAAUAAUAUAUUAUAUAUACUAAAUUAAAAAAAAAAAAUUUUUGGAGGGCCACUGCACCCCACGUCCAACAAUAGCUUCGUCCCUAGUCGGAUUCAUUGAUUUUAUCAGAUUUUGUCACCCCUACCCACAUGACAAUGAUGACAUGCCAUGCCUAUAACGUUUGUUUACAUCCUAUAGCCAGAGUAGUACAUGAUAGAAAAAUGUUAGACCACAAAAAAUUGUGACUUUUGCCAUAACUCGUGAUGCGGCUAGUUGUGAGUAGCGGAGAAAACCACUUACAACUUGCCACAUACUUAAACAAGGCAAAAUUUGUAUAUAUAUAUAUAUAUAUAUAUAUAUAUAUAUAUAUAUAUAUAUAUAUAUAUAUAUAUAUGGGUCUUUUUUCCCAAGUAUGAGUUGCAUCUUGCAUUUUCCUCCCUUCUCCUUGGCCUAGAGCUUUAUUAAUCAUUCAUUUCUGUUUUGUUGUGCUCGUUUCUUUGUUGUUACAUGAUUACACUUUCCUAGUGAAACAUCAAUUAUUUAUUUAUUAAUACAAAAAUAUAUUAAUAAAUUACAGAUGAUAUUCCUCUAAUUCAAUCUUCUUGUAUACUUUCAAGAUUUUAAUCCUAAACAGAAACACUUGAGAUAGAAUUAACUAUUUAAAUGUUUUAGUUCUGUUGGUAAAAUUGCUUUAAAAUUAGCACUUAAACAAUAGCAAAAUGAGUUGUAGUAUCUUAAUUUAUGUGAUUAUUUUAAUUAUUAUUGGAGUAUUUUCUUUAUAAUUUUUUUAUUUGAUGGGUGAGUAUCUUUGUUUUAGUAUAAAAUAGAACAAGAUUUUUUUUUUUUGCCAUUUGCUGGCCUCAACUUUGCUAAACAAUUUUUUUUUCACAACUUGCUAAAAUGAGUAGUUGUGAGCAUUCGCCUACCCAACCUCAAAAAUCACUCACAUAAGCUUAUGCAUUCAUUGUGCAAAAUACGGUAUUUGUGCAAACAUAUACAAGUAUUGUUGCUGUGCGUUUUAGUUUUUUAUUAUUUCUUUUGCUUUUCUUCAAGGAAGAUAAUGGAUGGUGGUUAUGGUGUGUGAAGAAAGAAAAACAAUUAAAAAAUUAAGAAAAUUUGAUAUUUUAAUGAAAUAGAGGUUAGAAUAGAUUAUUUGAUGCGGGUAUUUUGAAAAGUGGUUAGAUAAAAUAGAUUUUUAUACUAAAAUGGCAUGAGCUAAUGCAAAUGCUUUGGAAUAAGAGACGAUCCAAAAUCCAUUAUUAAUAUAAUUUUUAUUUCCCAUCACUCAAAAUUUGUCUACUCAACAAGUUGUAUAUAAAAUUUGUCAAAGUAAAUAAUUGUGUCACUAUUCCUCCUACUAGAGCUCCGAGUCUAUUACUAACAACUUGGAGUUGUCAAUUAUUUAUUUAUUUAUUUAUUUUUGCAAUAGCGUUAUUAUGCUACAGGUUUGUUUGCCAUCAAAAUGAUCAUACUUAAUGACAAGGAAUUGGUAAACUAGCCUGAAAGAGAUGGCCUGCAAUAGUCAUAUGUAUUGUCCUGAUUGCAGGCAACAAGAUCGGACUAGUUGCAGUGAACAAGUAUGCAAAAUCUAUAACAAAAUUGAAUUAUCAAGUCGGCUUUGUAUUAGUAUUUAUGUGUGUGUGUGUGUGUGUUUUUUUUUUGAGGGGGAUGUAUUAGUAUUUACGUUGGGAAACCAUUUUAAUCUUAUGCAGUAGUGAUGGAGCUCUUUUUCUUCUUCCUCAUUUCGCUACUCUUGGUUUAUUCCAUUUAUUUUAGCAUUUGGACUUUAGCUUAUAAAACCAAAGAAAAUGUCACCGGCAUGAGGCCAAGUCUCCCUCCUGGAAGUUUUGGUUGGCCAAUUAUUGGUGAAACCCUUCAAUUUAUUGCUGCACACUAUGAGGGAACUGUAGAUAAAUUUGUCUCAAAGAGAGCAACCAAAUAUUCCUCCAAAGUAUUCAAGACUUCUCUUCUUGGAGAGAAUUUUAUCGUUUUUUCGGGCGCUGCUGCGAAUAGAUUCAUUUUUUCAAAUGAUAACAAGUUGUUCGCACGUUGGCGACCUCCCUCAGUUCAAAAACUCUUUCCCUCCAUGAAAUUUGUACCCAUUGAACAUGAUGCUGCCAAGGCCAAGAAGUUUAUGUCCUUGUUCUUCAAAUUCAAUGAGGCUCAAAAAUUAGUAGCAUCAAUUGACUCUAUUUCAAGAAACCAAUUGAAGAAUAAUUGGGAAGGCAAAGAUGAAGUCCAAGUACAUCCUCUAGUAAACAUGUACACAUUCACAUUAGUUUGCCAUUUAUUUUUGAGCAUCAAUGACACUGAAAAGGUAUCAAAGCUUUUGUACCACUUCAAUCAUCUCAAUGAAGGCAUACUAUCUAUACAAUUAAGUAUCCCCGGGACACCAUUUUAUCGUGCAAUCAAAGCAGCAGAAGCUCUUAGGAAAGAGAUUUAUUUGAUUAUUAAGGAGAGGAGGGAAGCCUUGGCAAAGAAUUUAGCAUCUCCAACACAAGAUGUGCUAUCACAGAUGAUUGCUGUGCCGUUUGAUGAUGGGUUCAUGCCAGAAUUGGAGAUUGCAGACAAGAUUUUGGCAUUUCUAAUUGGUGGCCAAGAUACUACUACUGCUACAAUCACUUUUGCUAUGAAAUAUCUCGCAGAGAUGCCUCACCUCUACAAUGAAGUUUUAAAAGAGCAAAGAGAGGUCAGAGCAUUAAUGAAGCCAAGAGAAGUACUAUGCUGGGAGGACGUACAGAAAAUGAGAUACACAUGGAACUUUGUGAAUGAAGUAAUGAGGCAUAGAACAAUAAUUCCAGGUGCUUUCAGAGAAGCCAAGACAGAUAUCAACUAUGAAGGUUAUGUCAUUCCUAAGGGAUGGAAGAUAUAUUGGAGUGUGGGUUUUACCCAACAUAAUUCUGAGUACUUCUCAGAACCAGAAAAGUUUAAUCCCAUAAGAUUUGAAGGAAGUGGACCUCCUCCUUACUCCUAUGUUCCUUUUGGGGCAGGACCUUUAAUGUGCCCUGGAAAGGAGUAUGCUAGAAUGACCAUUCUUGUCUUCCUUCAUUAUGCAGUGAAAAUGUUCAAAUGGGAACCAAUUCUUCCCAAUGAGAAACUAAAGUUCAAGUUGGUCCACGUUCCAGCAGAGGGCUUCCCUGUUCGCCUUUCUCCGCACCAGAAUUAAGUAGGUUCUUUUUUUUUUUUAUAUGAUUUUUAUUUUACUUAAAUUUUUUUAAUAAUCAAGAAUAUUUUUUAGUACCAAAGAAAACACAUGGUACAUCAAGGUUUAAAUUUCUGUCCAAUGCAGUGGACAUAAUAUAUAUAUAUAUAUAUAUAUAUGAUGUAGACAUUUGUCUAAUUUGCACUGGACACGAUACUUUGUAGA